GUUCUCGUGUUCUUGUUCGAAACAACCCGCAUAGAAACAAAAAGAGGAGCCCCAAUUCAAUUCGACACACACAGCCUGAGAGAGAAAAAGCACGCACUGAAAACACGCAGUGAAUGCGUAUGGAAAAGCCCUUUACAUCGAAGGCGUGAAAAGAAUUGAGUUUAGUAUUUUUUUCUCAGUUUCUCAAUGGCGCUAAAGGUGCAGCUGCUGCUGAGGGAGCUGGGAUCGAAGCUGGGGAGUCCGCCGGCGUCGAAAGACGCUCUCGUUAAGCUCUUGAAGCAAAGUGAAGCAUGUCUCGCUGACUUGGAUCAGUCACCUGAAAAAUCAGUGAUGGACUCUAUGCAGCCCCUCAUAAAUGCCGUAGCCAAGCCAGAAUAUUUGAAACAUCAGGACCGGGAGGUCAAGCUCUUUGUAGCUUCUUGCAUUUGUGAAAUAACUCGAAUUACUGCACCCGAGGCCCCUUUUGAUGACGAUGUCUUUAAGGAUAUCUUUCAGUUGCUUGUGAGUACUUUCAGUGGCUUAAGUGAUAUAAACGCUCCAUCAUUCAGAAGGAGGGCUGCAAUCCUCGAAACCAUGGCUAGAUAUAGAUCAUGUGUUGUGAUGCUGGAUCUAGAAUGUUAUGAUCUCAUAGAUGAAAUGUUCAAUACAUUUUUCGCUGUUGUCAGGGACGAGCAUCCUGGGAAUGUGUUGACUUCAAUGCAGACGAUAAUGGAGGUUCUGUUAGAUGAAUGUGAAGAUGUACCAGAGAGUCUAUUGUUUAUUUUGUUGUCUAUUUUAGGCCGUGAUAAGGAGGGUGUAACUAUGGCUGCAAGGAAACUUGCAAUGAGUGUGAUAGAGAACUGUGCUUCAAAACUGGAACCUGGCAUAAAGCAAUUUCUUGUGUCAUCAAUGUCGGGGGAUAGCAAACCCGUUAAGCCUGAAAUUAGUUAUCAUGCUGUAAUUUAUGAUAUCUACAAAUGCGCCCCUCAAAUCUUGUCUGGAGUUGUUCCGUAUCUCACCGGAGAGCUGCUGAGUGAUCAAGUGGAGGUUCGCCUGAAAGCAGUGAGAUUAGUGGGUGACCUCUUUGCUUUGCCUAAAUCUUCUAUUUCUGAAGCAUUUGAGCCGGUCUUUUCGGAGUUUCUGAAAAGGCUGACGGAUAGAGUGGUCAAUGUUAGAAUGACCGUCCUUGACUACGUCAAAACUUGCCUUUUGGAGAAUCCUUUCAGAGGCGAAGCUCAUCAAAUAAUCUGUAAGCAUUUUCUGCUACUGAUUAGAGCCUAUUUUCUAUGUGGUCUUUAUUCUGAUGAUAAAAUAAACCCAACAGCUGCUCUCUGUGACCGAUUGUUGGAUUAUGACGAGAAUGUUCGUAAACAAGUUGUCGCUGUGGUUUGUGAUGUGGCAUGUCAUUCUCUCAAAUCCAUUCCUAUUGAAACCAUCAAGAUGAUCUCAGAACGCCUUCGUGAUAAAUCUGUUCUGGUUAAAAGGUAUACUAUGGAGAGGUUGGCUGACAUAUACCGAGUGUCUUGCAUUAAGCAUUCUAGUGAUUCGACAAGGGAUGAUGAAUAUGAUUGGAUUGUGGGGAAGAUAUUGAGAUGCUUUUAUGACAAGGAUUUCAGAUUAGAUACAAUUGAACCUAUCCUAUCUCUGUCCUUGUUCCCAGCUGAAUUUUCUGUCAAAGACAAGGUAGCUAGAUGGGUUAGGUUGUUCUCUGCAUUCGAUAAAGUUGAGGUUAAGGCUCUUGAGAAGAUAUUAGAGCAGAAGCAAAGGUUACAACAAGAGAUGCAGAAGUACUUCUCCCUCAGAGAGUUGUCUCAGGAAGGUGAUGACACUGAUAGAAGAAAGAAAGUAAUGUUUUCCUUCCGAGUCAUGUCUCGCUGCUUUAGUGAUCCUGCAAAGUCAGAGGAGAACUUUCAGAUUCUUGACCAGUUAAAAGAUGCCAAAAUUUGGAGAAAUUUGACAAAUCUCAGUGACCCAAACACCAGCGCGCUUCAAGCCAGUAGUUUACGAGACGAUUUGCUCAAGAUCCUUGGUCAGAAGCAUCAACUGUAUGAGUUUCUGGGUGCAGUUUCUUUGAAGUGCUCUUAUAUGCUUUUUGACAAAGAUCAUGUCAGAGAGUUUCUUCUGGAAGCUCGUGUGCAGAAGUCCUCUGGAACCACUGAGUUAAUUUUGUCCUGCAUGGCUAUUCUUGUGAUUCUAGCACGAUUUUGUCCUCUGUUGCUUAGUGGAAUUGAAGAAGAUUUGGGCCAUCUGCUUGAGGAUGACAAUGAAAUAAUUAAGGAGGGCACCUUGCAUAUUCUUGCUAGGGCCGGGGGAACUAUCAGAGAAAAAUUGGGGGUCUCGUCAAGAUCAUUAGACCUUAUUCUGGAGCGCAUAAGCAUUGAAGGCAGCCGGAGGCAGGCUAAGUAUGCUGUUCAUGCCCUGGCAUCCAUCACAAAAGAUGAUGGUCUUAAGUCACUCUCUGUUCUUUACAAGAGGCUAGUUGAUAUGCUUGAAGAGAAAUCCCACUUGCCAGCUGUUUUACAAUCUCUCGGAUGCAUAGCACAAGCUGCUAUGCCAGUCUUCGAAACAAGAGAAACUGAGAUUCAGAUAUUCAUUAAAGAACACAUAUUGAAGCUGGGACAUGUAACUGAAGACAAGGCGGAUGGUUGUUGGGAUGAUAGAAGUGAACUUUGUUCUUUAAAGAGUUCAUGUUCAGUUGAUAAGGCACAUUUGAAACUAGCUGCAGCAAAAGCUGUCCUUCGCUUAUCAAAAUACUGGGAGCAUAAGAUUCCUGUUGAUGUUCUUUACCUUGCAUUGAGAACUUCAGAGGAUAACUUUCCUGAGGUCAAAAAAUUGCUUCUCGGCAAAGUUCAUCAAUAUGUGAGGGACCGAAUUUUAGACCCAAAGUAUGCAUGUGCCUUCUUGCUGGAUGAUUCAGCUUCACAGUCAGAUUUCGAAGAUAAUAAGCGCUAUCUGGAUGACAUAAUCCAAAUGUGUCGGCAGGCGAAGGGACGCCAAAUAUCUUUACAGGCUGAUGCCAUGUCACCUUCUCUUUAUCCAGAAUACAUUCUCCCAUAUGUGGUUCAUUCACUCGCUCAUCAUCCUUCUUUCCCUGAUACUAAUGAAUGCAAAGAUGUCAAAUCAUAUGAACCCAUGUUCAGGAAGUUGUACUUGUUCCUAUCUAUGCUAUUGCAUGAUGAUGCAGAUGGGAAAUCCGACGUUAGUAUUAACAAGGAUAAGGAGAGCCUUAAGUUGUUGUGUUCAAUUUUUCAAUCUAUCAGGUGCUCAGAAGAUGCUAUUGACCUGGCUAAGUCCAAGAAUUUGUAUGCCCUGUGUGACCUUGGUGUGCUAAUUAUUAAGAGGAUAGCUGCAAACCAAGAUGAACUUCAAGAGUUGGGUGUGCCUGUGGCCCUACCAGCUGUGCUUUUUAAACCUCUUGAGAAGAAAGAAGAACACGACUCGCUGGGGAAUGAAGAGAAAACAUGGCUGGUGGAUGAGGUCAUCUUGUCCCACUUCGAAUCACUCGAACUCAAACCUACUGAAAUUGUUCAUCCUUUAGUUUCGGAGGAUGACAUCUUUAAGGACAGUGAAACAGAGGACAAUGAGAUGCCACUUGGGAAGUUAAUGCAACGCCUAAAAAAAGCCAAGGCUGCAAGGAUAAAAAAGGCGGCCAAAAAUGAGCCCCCACAAGAUGGAGUGUCGAAAGAAAACGAUUUUGAUAUCUUGAAAAUGGUCAAGGAAAUAAAUUCGGACAAUUUUGACACAAGUGUCAAGUUCGAUUCUAGCAACGGUCUUGAAGAUGCUCGGAAAAAGAGAAGUCAAGCCGAGCUCCAUAAAAGUCAAAGGUUGAAUGGUGAGUCAAACGAUAUUCCCGUGCCCAAGCGUAAGAGAACAUCUUCUGCUAGUUCAAAGGGUUCUAGGAAGACUACUAAUUUGAAUAAUAAGGAGAAUGCUGAUGUGGACUUUGAAAAGAUGAACGAGGAGCCUCAAACUGGUUCGGAGGAUCAACGUAUGGAAGAGAAAACUGAUGAACAACCAGAGUCAGAAAUGCUGUUUUCCCGUAUUAGGAAGAAACUCAGCUCUUCCUCUAAUAAGCAGAAAGGUAAACGAGUAUCUGAUAGAGAUCCUGUUGAGGCACUUGACAUCUCCUCAGAAGCUAAGAAGCCCAAGAAAGUCCCGAAUACCGAUAAUAGCCCGCGUUCAAUCGUUGAUUCCAAGUUAGGAUCCAUGAAGAAGCAGAAAUCAAAAGAUUUUGGUGGGUUGGGAAAGUGUACGGCCAAUGAAAAUGGAACUUCUGCUGAAGACUUAAUUGAUCGCAGAAUAAAAGUUUGGUGGCCGAUGGAUAAGGAGUAUUAUGAAGGUGUUGUGAAGUCGUUCGAUACUGAGAAAAAGAAGCAUGUGAUAUUGUAUGAUGAUGGGGAUGUGGAAGUUCUUCGAUUAGAAAAGGAACGCUGGGAGCUUGUCGAUAACGAUCCAAAGGGAUCUGGUUCAUCAAAAGGCUUAUCUCGGAAAGGAGGAUCAUCCGGGAAAGGAAAUAAUUCAAGCCGAGCCCCAAAACAAGAAGAAAAUUUUGAAAAAUCUCUGACUUCUCAAGUCCGAGGAAAGAGAACUCCACGAAAAAAUCCGUUCAAGAAACCGAAAAUCCCAGAUAUUGCCCCCCCUGAAUCUGACCCAAUCUCGCCUUCUGAUGAUUCAAUCUCAGAGAAGGAAGAUGAGGAAAGAGUCGAGAAGACUAUGGAGCUAUCGGACAAGGAAGAAAGUCCUGCUGAGGUGGCCUUAAACGAUGAAAAAGAAUCGGAAAAUCAUGGCUGCUCGUCCCCUGAAGCUAAUGCAUCAUCAUCAUUCAAUAAUGAAGCAGUUUCCUCUUCCGAAAAUAAGCUAUCGAGUGAUGAGAACAAUGAAGAAUCAGGGGAGAGUGAUGAGGCUGAUAGCUCGGAAAAGCCCGACAAUGGCUCGAGUUCUGAUACUGUCGAUGCAGAGUUUUCAGAUGAUGAGACUCUGAGUUCGUGGAAGCAACGUUCUGGAAAAAAGGAGGGAAAGUAGAUAUUGGGCCCAACUAUGAAUUUGACCGAAGCUUUGUGGGAUUAGUGAAAGCAAAGAAAAGUUCAUUCUGUUAAGAGUUGAAAGUACCGAAUUUGAACUGCUGCUGACCGGAAUAAAUAAAUAAAAAAAAAAAAAAAAAA